AUGAACUUGGCCAGCGACGCUGACUUCUGGCUUUUGGAGAAUCUCUGGAAGGCCAUGCGAGACAAGCCACCUCCAGUUCCCCUGGUCAUUGCUGAAUCUGGAUACAAGGCCCAUCUUGCUGGAUUUAUUCAAGUCCCCUGGGACUUCACGGUGGAUGGGCUCUGCGACAUUCUCGAAGAAUCUUGGCUCCAGCUGUGGCUGAACGUUGAACGAAACUAA